GUCCAGCUGGAUGCAGCACACUCCGACGGGGGGAGCCCCGGAACCGAGCCCACAGUAUUCCCCGCGUCUACUUGUUGAUUCCGCCGACGAGGGCGUCUGUUUAAAAAGAGAGAGGAAGGGAGGAGAAGGUGGCAACAUUUGCAUCAUGUCUCCACGCUGCUCAUGAUGCCUUCUUCACAUCCGAGCCCAGCGCAGCAGAUCCGGACGGGUUCGCCACCUUUACGCGCAGGUCUGAUGUGAAAUGAAGUCGCCGCACGUCCGUGGCGUGAUCCGGGCUGCACGGGAGACACCCACGGGAAUAGAGUGCGGACCCCGAUGAGGUCGCCCCAAAGGACCAGGUCUCGUUAACCCCCGUCUCGUCAUGACUGACUGAGCGACUGGAGCGAAGAUGAUCAAAGCGGCAUCGAGGUCGGCCGGCGCGCAGCCGCCGGACGCGGAGGACAUCAUCCGAAGCAAGCACACCCACCGGGUGAGGCUCAACGUCGGGGGUCUCCUCCACGAGGUCCUGUGGAGGACGCUGGACCGGCUGCCCCGCACGAGACUGGGCAAGCUGCGGGACUGCAACACCCACGACUCCAUCAUGGAGCUAUGCGACGACUACAGCUUGGACAGCAACGAGUACUUCUUCGACAGACACCCCGGCGCCUUCACGUCCAUCCUGAACUUCUACCGCACGGGGAAGCUGCACAUGAUGGAGGAGAUGUGCGCCCUGUCCUUCAGUCAAGAGCUGGACUUCUGGGGCAUCGACGAGAUCUACCUGGAAUCCUGCUGCCAGGCCAGGUACCACCAGAAGAAGGAGCAGAUGAACGAGGAGCUCAAACGGGAGGCGGAGAACAUGAGGGAGCGGGAAGGCGAGGAGUUUACCACGACGUGCUGCUCGGAGAAGAGGAAGAAACUUUGGGACCUCCUGGAGAAGCCCAGCUCAUCUUUCGCUGCUAAGAUCCUGGCGAUUAUCUCCAUCCUCUUCAUCGUGCUGUCCACCAUCGCCUUGUCCCUGAACACGCUGCCAGAGCUGCAGGACACCGAUGAGUUUGGUCAAGCCACAGACAAUCCUCAGCUGGCCCACGUGGAGGCCAUCUGCAUUGCCUGGUUCACCAUGGAGUACCUGCUCCGCUUCCUCUCCUCCCCCAACAAAUGGAAGUUCUUCAAGGGUCCCCUGAACAUCAUCGACCUGCUGGCCAUCCUGCCCUACUACGUCACCAUCUUCCUGACAGAAUCCAAUAAAAGCGUGCUGCAGUUCCAGAAUGUCCGACGCGUGGUGCAGAUUUUCCGGAUCAUGCGCAUCCUGCGUAUUUUGAAGCUGGCUCGGCACUCCACGGGUCUUCAGUCGUUGGGCUUCACACUCCGCAGGAGCUACAACGAGCUGGGCCUGCUGAUCCUUUUCCUGGCCAUGGGUAUUAUGAUCUUCUCCAGUCUUGUGUUCUUCGCUGAGAAGGAUGAAGAGGACACCAAGUUCAAAAGCAUCCCUGCCUCCUUCUGGUGGGCUACGAUUACAAUGACCACAGUAGGAUAUGGAGAUAUUUAUCCCAAAACGUUACUGGGAAAGAUAGUAGGGGGGUUGUGCUGUAUUGCUGGUGUGUUGGUGAUUGCCCUGCCGAUCCCCAUCAUUGUCAACAACUUCUCGGAGUUCUACAAAGAACAAAAGAGGCAGGAGAAAGCCAUCAAAAGGAGGGAGGCCCUGGAGAGGGCCAAGAGAAAUGGCAGCAUUAUCUCCAUGAACAUGAAGGACGCCUUUGGCCGCAGCGUAGAGCUCAUCGACAUCAUGGUGGAAAAAACAGAUGACAGAGAGGGUAAAAAGGUUCAAGUGAAUCAUGUAUCCCAUAGCCCGCAGAAAGGGAAGCCCCAAGCCAAGGCAGAAAGGAGUCCCAGUAGCACCAAGCACAACCUGGAAUCAGGUCACCAGGAGCAAGCGAAGCCUUCGGGAAGCCCUCAACAUCUCAGUGCUCAGACUCUGGAGGAGAUGUACGACACCAUGGCCAAGACUCAGUCCCAGACGGACCUGAACAGCAAGGAAAAGGUGCCGCUGUCUAAUGCCGGCAGGCACAGAGCGGAAUUUGAGAUGGGAGCCAUCUCGGACGUGAGGUGCAUGUCCAGCAUCGACAGCUUCAUCAGCUGCGCCACCGACUUUCCAGACAGCUCCCGUUUCAACAUUCUCGGCGGGGUCAGCACAAACCCCGGCCUGGAACCCACCUUGGAAAUUGAGAAUGAAGGGAGUGCAACACCCCUGACAGGAAGGGGCCCCAAGGAUCUACAUCGUAACAAUCCACUCAAGGGCCCCUCGGUCAGGGUUAGUUUCAGAGGAGGGCGGGAAUCAGGGGUGGGGGCGCGCUCAGAUGGCUCCUCAGUCCAAAGCCCAGAGGUGUCGGUCUACACGACUGCAAGCAGCAGGACGCCCAGCAAGAGUCCAGAGAACUUACCUCCACACAUCUUCACGUUCCAUGACGCUUCCAUCCACAAAUUCAUCGACGCCGACACGGACGAGGAGGAGCACCUGCACGACGGAUCAGUCAUCAGCCCGGCACAGAGACUCCUGGACAGGACCAAUCCAAGAUGUGGCCAUCAGGGAGCCAACCACAUGGAGGGCCUCCCAAGGAAGCUGGGAAAUAAUAGCGCAUGGAAGCGAGACGGGCAGGAGAACCACAUGGCUGAAGUACGGCCACUUCAGGGAGACAAGAGUCAUUCAAAAACGUAAACUUGACAAGAGUGAGUGCCCACAAGAAAAAGACAAUGAGAAGCACAGUGAACUCUGAUAAACAUGAAUAUGACUGACAUUUCAAACAUUUGAAUAUUCAGAAGAUACAGCACAACAUAUCCCGUGAAAAGACUUGUUUUAAUGUUACUUACUGCUUACUUCUGCAUCCACUCAUUUAGCUGAAAUCCACUCUGUUUUUAGGAGAAUUUAGUAGGAUUUUGUAUGAAAAAUAAUGCACUGGAAUUAUCAGAUGACUGACAAUUUCGGGAUUACUUUAGAAAUCUGGUUUUAUUCAAUUACAGUGGUGUCUUGACUUAGGAGUGACCUGAGUUACAGGUUUUUCCAAAUACAAGCCAUCGCUCUGCCUAUUUUUUGUCUUGACUUGUGAUGAAAAAAAUUUGCAGCAAACUCAACUCAACUAAACUGCAAGCAGCAGUUUGGAAGACUGAAAAAAAAGAACAUUGAAAAGUUUACUGUCAAACUAAACAGAGAGAAUACAUGUGUAUUUAAAACAACCACACAACUUUGCCUUUGGGGAACGAAUAGCAUCAAUAGUUGCAGUAUUAUAACCUUUAAGGAACGGAUAUUUGAACACAAAGGGUGCAGAAACACAUAGACAAUACAAAAAUAUGCACAGCCAUAUAUUCUUUAUCUUCUCAAAAACAUGACGAUUAUUAUAGCAUCUUACUGAGUCAGUGUAAAACUCUUCUUGAUGUCAUUUAUGUCUGCACUAUACUGCCUCCUGGUGGCCAAGGUGCACACACCAGAAGGAGUGAGAUGUGUGGCUGGAACAGAUUUGUGGCAUUAAGUGCUUUGAGUUACAAGCGUGGUCAUGAAACACGCUCUUAAGUCAAGGUAACACUGUAUUUGAUUUAAUACAUACAUAAUUAAUACAUUUUAAAAAUUGUGUUAAUGUCAAUUUUUUUUAAAAUGCCUCUGUGUUAGGCAGAAAAUGCAUACUAAAAACUCAAAUGAAACAGUGCGUAGCGUUUUCUACCAUUUUUCCACUAAAUUCUCUUGAGAACAUCUGAAAUGCUCAUUUGAACAUUUUUACUAUUUGUACUGUUGCUUCAACCCAGAUCUUCAUCUAACAAUUAAUUAAAAGACGUUUAAAGACAAAACCCUUUAUUCUGAAAUUCCAGAGAAUCCCUUUAAAAUAUAAAAGGCAUUUCAAUCACAAGCAAACCUGAGAGCAUUGAAACAUGACAUCUUCAGCUGAUUGCUGUUCAACGAAAAGGAUGUACAGUGAACCCCAAAUUUAUUCAUAUUCUUGUGAGAUUUGGAGGUAAAGUACAACCCCAAUUCCUAUGAAGUUGGGACGUUGUGUUAAACAUAAAUAAAAACAGAAAACAAUGAUUUGCAAAUCAUGUUCAACCUAUAUUUAAUUGAAUACACUACAAAGACAAGAUAUUUAAUGUUCAAACUGGUAAACUUGAUUGUUUUUAGCAAAAUAAUCAUUAACUUGGAAUUUUAUGGCUGCAACACGUUCCAAAAAAGCUGGGACAGGUGGCUAAAAGACUGAGAAAGUUGAAGAAUGCUCAUCAAACACCUGUUUGGAACAUCCCACAGGCGAACAAGCUAAUUGGGAACAGGUGGGUGCCAUGAUUGGCUAAAAAAGGAGCUUCCCUGAAUUAAUUCACAAGCAAAGAUGGGGCGAGGUUCACCUCUUUGCGAACAAGUGCGUGAGAAAAUAGUCGAACAGUUUAAGGACAAUGUUCCUCAAUGUACAAUUGCAAGGAAUUUAGGAAUUUCAUCAUCUACGGUCCAUAAUAUCAUCAAAAGGUUCAGAGAAUCAGGAGAAAUCACUGCAUGUAAGCCGCAACGUCGAAAACCAACAUUGAAUACCCGUGACCUUCGAUCCCUCAGGCCGGCACUGCAUCAAAAACCGACAUCAAUGUGUAAAGGAUAUCGCCACAUGGGGUCAGGAGCAUUUCAGAAAACCAACGUCAGUAAAUACAGUUCGGCACUACAUCCGUUACGCCGCCGGCUUCUCUGGGCCCGAGCUCAUCUAAGAUGGACUGAUGCAAAGUGGAAAAGUGUUCUGUGGUCCGACGAGUCCACAUUUCAAAUAGUUUCUGGACAUUGUGGACGUAGUGUCCUCCGGACCAAAGAGGAAAGGAUCCAUCCGGACUGUUAUGGAAGCAAGGUUCAAAAGCCAGCUUCCGUGAUGGUAUGGGGCUGUGUUAGUGCCAAUGGCAUGGGAAACCUACACAUCUGUGAAGGCCCCAUUGAUGCUGAAAGGUACAUACAGGUUUUGGAGAAACAUAUGCUGCCAUCCAAGCAACGUCAUUUUCAUGGACGCCCCUGCUUAUUUCAGCAAGACCAUGCCGAAACACAUUCUGCACGUGUUACAACAGCGUGGCUUUGUAGUAAAAGAGUGCGGGUACUAGACUGGCCUGCCUGCAGUCCAGACCUGUCUCCCAUUGAAUAUG